CCCCGCUAUGAGGUGGUGCGGGAGCUGGGGGCCGAGGAGGUGCGCUGGUUCUACCGGGAGGACCGGAAGAGCUGGAAGCCCUUCAUCGGUUACGACUCGCUGCGGAUCGAACUGGCCUUCCGAGCUCUCGGCCCCGGCCCCGAGCGGACGGCGGUGGAGCCGGUGUGCGUGCGGAGCGGGCUGUACGAGGUGGACGUGGCCAACGCCGAAUGCUACCCCGUCUACUGGAACCAAACGGAGAAGAUUCCUGUAAUGCGUGGGCAGUGGUUUAUUGAUGGUACGUGGCAACCUCUGGAGGAGGAGGAAAGUAACCUGAUAGAGCAGGAGCACCUCAACCGCUUCCGGGGCCAGCAGAUGCAAGAGAGCUUUGAUAUGGAAGUAUCAAAACCUGUUGAUGGAAAGGAAGUUCUCUACUACCUCCCUCCCUUCUCCCUCCCUUCUUUGUUCAAAUGGAGAGGAUAUAAGGAGAAUUCAGAUGCUGCAUGUCUUAAACGAAAGCGUUCCCAAGCUAUUCAUAGUCUAAAGUUGAGUCGCAACCAUGUGGACUGGCACAGUGUGGAUGAAGUGUAUCUGUACAGUGAUGCAACAACAUCUAAAAUUGCAAGAACUGUUACACAAAAGUUGGGGUUUUCCAAAGCUUCAAGUAGUGGGACAAGGCUACAUAGAGGCUAUGUAGAAGAAGCUACCUUAGAAGACAAGCCACCACAAACUAGUCACAUUGUGUUUGUUGUGCAUGGUAUUGGGCAGAAAAUGGACCAAGGAAGGAUCAUCAAAAAUACAGCUAUGAUGCGAGAUACUGCAAGAAAAAUAGAAGAAAAGUAUUUUUCCAAUCUUGCAACACAUGUUGAAUUUCUUCCAGUUGAAUGGAGGUCAAAACUUACCCUCGAUGGAGACACUGUGGACUCCAUUACUCCCGACAAAGUACGGGGCUUGAGGGACAUGCUGAACAGCAGUGCCAUGGAUAUCAUGUACUACACAAGUCCUCUUUAUAGAGAUGAACUUGUCAAGGGGCUGCAGCAGGAGCUGAACCGCCUGUACACACUGUUCUGCUCUCGGAAUCCAGAGUUCGAGGAGAAAGGAGGGAAAGUCUCCAUUGUGUCCCACUCUCUGGGCUGUGUCAUCACCUACGACAUCAUGACUGGCUGGAACCCGGUCAGCCUGUAUGAACAGUUGCUGCGGAAAGAGGAGGAGGAGCUCGAAGACACUUGGAUGAGUUAUGAGGAGCAGCGUUUACUUGAAGAACUUUACAUAACCAAACAACGGUUGAAAGAGAUAGAAGAGAGGUUACAAGGCUUAAAGGCAUCCACCAUAGCAAAAACACCUGUCUUAAAAUUUAAGGUUGAGAAUUUCUUCUGUAUGGGAUCUCCACUAGCAGUGUUUUUGGCACUGCGUGGCAUCCGUCCAGGAAACAGUGGGAGUCAAGAUCAUAUUCUGCCCAGAACAAUUUGUAACCGCUUACUAAAUAUUUUUCAUCCAACAGAUCCAGUGGCCUAUAGGUUAGAACCUUUAAUCCUGAAGCACUACAGCAACAUUUCACCAGUGCAGAUCCACUGGUACAACACCGCAAACCCUCUACCUUACGAGCAUAUGAAGCCAAGUUUUCUCAACCCAACAAAAGAACCUACCUCAGUUACUGAUGGCGAAAGUGCUUCAACUGUACCGAGCCCAACUACUUCACCAGUCAUGGUUCGGCGCCACUACGGGGAGUCCAUAACCAACAUAGGCAAAGCCAGUAUACUGGGAGCUGCGAGCAUUGGGAAGGGCCUCGGAGGGAUGCUGUUUUCGAGAUUUGGUCGCUCAAGUACACAGACUGCAGAGCCAGGAAAAGAUGGAGCGGAAGGGGACGACAAGAAGAGCACUGUGGGAACGCCGCCUUUCUCACAGAGCAGCGCGGGCUUCCUCGAACCCACGUUGGAACUGGAGCACAGGAUUGAUUUCGAGCUCAGGGAAGGUCUGGUGGAGAGCAGAUACUGGUCUGCAGUCACGUCGCACACUGCCUAUUGGUCAUCUCUGGAUAUUGCUCUUUUCCUCCUAACCUUCAUGUACAAACACGACCAGGAUGAUACUGACAAAUCCAAUUUGGACGCUAUCUGAAUUUUUGACUGGGGGUUGGGAGGGAUGGGAAAGGAAAUCUGAAAACCAGUGGCACAAAACAGAUGUUAAACCGCAGUAUGUAUGGCAUGGAGGUUUCAGGUUUAAGUGCAUGUUUGGAUUUUUUCCUGUUUCUAAGGAGCAAAAAUGAUUUGUAUGGAAAAGCACUUUAUAGUUUCAAACGUUUUGCAGUGCUUAAUCGGACCUGAAAUUGUUCCAAAUUCCUGUUGACUUUGCAUAAAAAGACGACACAACGUGCAGCACCACUUACGCACCAUUGUGCAUUGUGCUCGGGUGACAUUCUUGUUGAUGACCAUAAUUGCUGUUUAGUUCAUUAAAGUAUAAAAAGAGGAGUUGAUUUAAAAAAAAAAAA